AUGGUGGCAGAGAUUCGCAGCGGAGUCAAGGCAACAACGGAUAGUCUACGCCGCGCACGCGCCCUCCAUGCCUUGCGACAAAAACACCCUCUGACGGCAACGGAUGGCACGCCCAAGCUGUUAGCAGGUCUUGAAGGCGUGACACCAACGUGGCGUCCGACGCAUUCGGAUGAGCAACUCCUGGACGAGUAUUUCGACCAUGUUUUCCCCCUUCAGUUUCCCUUUUAUGUGGCUUCUCUUCCUGAAAGGGGCCACGGCUGGCUCCGUGCUCUGAUGGUGAGAUGUGAACCCCUGUGCUAUGCAGCACUUGCCCUGGUUCUCGUCUAUCGCGAUCCGAGCUCGCACCGUCCCGACGCCAUCCGUGGGCGGCCGCGCGAGAACGAGCAGCAACGGCUCUAUGGUCUAGCCGUAACUGGCUUGCGGCAACACAUUGACCGCUUAAGCGAGAAAAGUGUCCAAGAAAGUCUGCGGGAUGGGAUUGAAGUGUUCGCUUGUGUCGUCUAUUUGAUAAUGCUCGAAAAGCACAUGAUUGCAUCUCCAGGCAUGUUUCCCUAUCUGCAAGCUUAUUGCCUGGCUUUCCCGUACCACCGUCUUUCUGCUUUGUAUGACGAAGGCAAGCAGAUCGAAGAAGCAAUCAGUCAGGCAAGCUCCACUGACUCCUCACUUGCCCUUGUGGAUCAUGUGGCCGUAGAAUUCUUCAGUGCUGUUUUCCUCUGGUUCGAUACCUUGGCCACUGUCUCAACAGGCUGCAAACCUCAAUUUGCCGACAUCUGCGCGGCCGCUUUUGGCGCCUCGGACAGCAAGGUGCGACUACGGAAAAUCAUGGGUUGCGAGAACUGGGUGAUGGUCAUCAUUCGGGACAUCGCAGUGCUUGAUGGAUAUAGGAGGGGUGGACAGGAAGGACAACUUCGGAGAGGCGAGGAUGUUUGCCAAAAAUAUAUCGAGCUCAAGGAGCGUCUACAACUGGGUCUCGCUGAACCCUGGGAGAGCUACCUCCCACUUUUGGCAAGGGGAUCCACAGACAGAGCAGCGGAGACUUGGCUGGUCCAGGCUACUCCCAUCGUCACCCAUGUCUUCGCCUGUGCAGCUCUGGUUUACCUGACCGUCGUUCUGUCUGGCCCUGAUCCCCAUCUUCCUGAGAUUCGGGACGCCGUUUCCAGAUCGCUGAAAAUAUUCAGUGUCCUACCCGAUGUUCGGUUGCUGCAUGCCAUGCUCUGGCCUUUUUGCGUUACCGGAUGCAUGGCACUCAAAGACCAAGAGUCUUUGUUUGAGGAGUUGGCGGUGAAGGCCGGCACCUUGACUCAAGGACCUGGUGUUUGGUUGAGGGCUCUUCAGGUGAUGAAGACAUGCUGGCAGAUCCGGAGUGAGGGGAGCCAGGAUCACCCUUCCGCCGAUUGGUUGAACUCUCCAACCUCUCGAAUAUCUGAACUCUCGCCUACGGCUCCAUCUGGAAACCUUGCAGAGCACGAGUUCGAGUUUGACGGUCUCGCCCAGGGCAUCGUACCUGAUGGAUACUGUGAGAGAUUUGAUGCUGAUGGUCAAAACUACGCGUUUGAGUCUCAGACUUCUGACUCGGGCACGAUUGCUGUCAACGACGACCCAUGUAUGAUACAAGAUGUGUUACUCCCAGAGGAUGAACUAUCCAGGGGCGACGACAUCUGGAACGCUAUCGACGAGUUUUUUGACACCCUGUAUGUUGUGUUCCCGAUCCUGUCAUACGCAAGCCUUGCUUCACGUCUGAUCAUCGAACCCGCAUGGCGUGCCAUUCCUGAAUUCCGCACGCUACUCUUGUCCAUUCGGGCAGUGAACGCAGCGGGGCAAUUUCGCAUGGCUCCAUCAGAUACGGCACAUCUUUCGGAGCUCAUUACCCAAGUUGAGAAGUCACGCUUGGAAUACGACUUUGCCGACCCUCCAACUCUCGAUAGUGUGGUUGUCUCUUUGUUUCUUUUCACCGGCAAUAAUGUCCUCGAAAAACACAACCGCGCAUUCCUGUACCUGGACGAGGCGCUGUCUCUCCUGGAGGUGGUGGGCGUUGCCGACGAAGAAGAGCGGCACCGAAAGGCACAAAUUGAGCAGGUGCUCUUCAACACAGAAGCUGCGACCAUGGCAAUCUAUGCGAACCAAGGUCGACGGCGGCGGGCUCGCAGGCCACGGGAAGUUGUGGACCUACCACUGAGGGCAUCCCACACCCUCGGCGCCCUUGAUGAAUCCGACAGAGUUGCUCUGCACCUAUUGAGACGCCUUACUGAAAUACAUCUCGCCGAGAAUGCAGAAGCGUUUGACGAAAUCGACAUUGAUUCUGAGGCUGACAUGGCAACGCUGUUCGGGGCAGUUUUCAAACGCCAUCGGUACUCCCGUAUACAAGCAGCUGACGUGGUUGUCACGCGGCAAUGGCAACUUUCAACAAAGCUCGUUGCCAACCUCAAAAUGGGCAUCGGCAUCUCUCCGAGAUUACAGAAAUCGGUCGAGGCCCUGGGUCUUGCAGCCAUGUCUUGGAUUUGCUUACUGGGAGAAGGCGAACUACGAAUCGUGGGUCUCGGGAAACUGUCUAGCCUUGCGCAGAACAUCCGCGUCCUGGCAGGGAGAAGCCAGUGUCAAUACAUUCUAGGUGGCCUCGCUGGCGCUGUCAUCAAGGAGGAUCAUGAGAAGAUCUUUGCACCUCAACUCGCAGAGGUGGUCAUGCCUCUGAUUUCGACAGUACCUGCAUCGCUCAAUACCCGGCCGCCCUACGAAUAUCAGAGCCUGAGGUCUCAGGCACGGACAGCGAUACAAGUUGAGCCUAUGAGUGGUCGCGUCUUCGAGACCAAUAGCAAUUCAUGGGAUCCUUCAACAUCGAAUGAUGCUGAGCAGACUUAUGAUGGCAAUUCACUGGACCCUAUCGAUCGAUUUAUUGAUCUCUCUUGA